GGCUAGCGUAGCCGGGGACCGAGCGGAGCGGGGCGGCGCGGCUGGCGGGGCCGGCGGCGGCUGAAGCGAGAGCGCGACGCGACGCGACCGCGGCUUCCCGAGCUGAGCCUGGCCGCCCAGCGCCGCGGCCCGCCCGAGGCCUGGAGGGGUCCGGGCCGCCGUCCAUGGUCGCGGCGUCCUGAGGCGGGGGAAGCGCCCGGCGCCCCCGGCCCUCCUCCGCCUCCUCCCGCGGGGCGGGCGGCCUCCUCCGGCGCCUCCCCGCGCCCGCCCGCCGCUCGCCGCCGCCUCCCUCCCUCCUUCCCUGCGGCUCCCCCGGCUUUCGGAGCCCGGGGGCGGCCUGUGGCGCGCGGAGCCCGCGCCGGACUGCGCCUCUUUGGACCUUGAGGGGAAACAUGCGUUUGGCUUGGAUCGUUUGAAAUUCUGAGUUUGGGAUCCCCGCCCGCCCGUCCGCCUGCCUCUUCCGCCCCGCGGGUUUUUUCCUUUUUUCCUUUUGCUUUUUUUCUUUUUCUCCCUCCGGGUCUCCUUUUUGACUCCCUCCCCCUUUAUGCUCGCCCAGCCCUCCCCCCGCUGCUGAGAAGUGGGGGAGGGUCUCGGCCUCCAGCUUCCCGCCCCAUCGGGGCCCGGGCGAGCAUGGGGGGCAAGCAGAGCACGGCGGCCCGCUCCCGGGGCCCCUUCCCGGGGGUCUCCACCGAUGACAGCGCCGUGCCGCCGCCGGGAGGGGCGCCCCAUUUCGGGCACUACCGGACGGGCGGCGGGGCCAUGGGGCUGCGCAGCCGCUCGGUCAGCUCGGUGGCAGGCAUGGGCAUGGACCCCAGCACGGCCGGGGGGGUGCCCUUUGGCCUCUACACCCCCGCUUCCCGGGGCACCGGCGACUCCGAGAGGGCGCCCGGCGGCGGAGGGUCCGCGUCCGACUCCACCUAUGCCCAUGGCAAUGGUUACCAGGAGACGGGUGGCGGUCACCAUAGAGACGGGAUGCUGUACCUGGGCUCCCGAGCCUCGCUGGCGGAUGCUCUACCUCUGCACAUCGCACCCAGGUGGUUCAGCUCGCACAGUGGUUUCAAGUGCCCCAUUUGCUCCAAGUCUGUGGCUUCUGAUGAGAUGGAAAUGCACUUUAUAAUGUGUUUGAGCAAACCUCGCCUCUCCUACAACGAUGAUGUGCUGACUAAAGACGCGGGUGAGUGUGUGAUCUGCCUGGAGGAGCUGCUGCAGGGGGACACGAUAGCCAGGCUGCCCUGCCUGUGCAUCUAUCACAAAAGCUGCAUAGACUCGUGGUUUGAAGUGAACAGAUCUUGUCCGGAACACCCUGCGGACUGACCUGCGGGCUUGCUUGCUGACUCCUCUCAAAGGCCCGCCUGAUGUGCUGGACCAUCCCCCUGCUGCCACAGCCCCUGGCUCCGCAGUCACCCUCCAUCAGAUGCUUCCAGAAGCACCUACUCUGUGCAAGGGCGUUCACAACAGGCCAGUGGGCAAACGUGAGCCAGGGCCAGCGGAGAAACUCUAAAGAAGACUCGGUGGUUCAGAGCCUGGGCCUCAGCGCGGGACCCGUCUGGGGUGAAGACCUUGGGGCUAUUGUGAGUCGGCGGCAGGAACGUGGGCUCUAGACUGUGCAUUCAGGCUCUCCUACUUGGCAGAAUAAUCUUGGGGAAACGACUUCAUCUGAACUUCAGAUUUUUCACAUGUGAAGCGGGGACGAAACCAUGCAGCUCAGAGGUCCCUGUGGGGGCCAGGGCAGCUGCCCUGCAGGUCCUGGCACAUGCACAGCAGGCUCCCCAUAGCUUUGUCACCACAAAGGGCACUGUUCUAUUCACAGCACCUCCUGCUUCUGCCUGGCAACUGUGUCUCCCUGUGCUAUAUUUAAUUCCACCAGCAAAGCUGGCGAGGCAGGGCCCAGCCCUGACGGAGAUCUCCUUGCCUGACCCCUGGACCUGGAAAUGGAGGCUUCAUGUGCCCACCUUGGCGGCGUAAGCCUGCUGCUUUGGCAAUGCCACGGGUGAGCCGAGCAGCUGUGAGUUGGGUGGGGCAGGGCUGUAGCCCACGCCGGGUGCUAUUCCAGGCUCUAGGGGCUGGUGCUCAUCCCCACCCCCAGCGACUUCAGUCCUACCUGGCACGCUGCAGCCCUCUGCCGGCUGCGGUGUCCUCUGAAUUCGGACCUAGGUUGCCUGCUUUUGUUGUGGGGGUGGGAUUGGGGCUGUCUGUGCUUCCCAGGUGGAGCUCGUGUUUGCGAUGCUCUAUCCGGACAGCUCUCCAGAAUCCUGUGUUGCCCCUGUUCUGCCUUUCUGGGAUGGGAGAGAACGUGAGGGAGCCGGCAAGCAGGUUCUACCCUCUCUGCUAAGGGCCUAGCACACUUUGUUGAGGUUCCUGGACAUGAGACCCUCACAAAGACCAACCAUUCCUCUAAUAGCCAUUUAAUGGCACUGAGGUUCAUGGGAAAAUGUCCUCAUUCUUAGGAGAUAGAUGCUGGAUUAUAUAGGUGAAUGCCUUCAAGAAAUGUGUAAUUUAAUUCCAAAUGGUUCCCCCCAAAAUACACAAAGCAAAUAAGGCCAAAAUGUUCAUUGUUGAAUCUGCAGUGGCUGGUAUUUCAGUGAACAGUGUGCUUGUUCUUUCAACUUUUCUGUAUGUUUGGAAGUUUUCUUAAUAAAAGAUUGUGGGAAAUGGU